GAUGCGCAUCAAUUGGAAUAAAGUGGUUGUAGCGAUAUGGGGUCUGGAAAGAAGCGAGAGAGGGACAGCACUGGAGGAUCAUCAGGUGCCAAGGAGGAGGGCGAGACACAGUCCUUAAAGAAGGCAAAGAUUGAAGACAGCACUAGCGCCUCUGUCCCCCAGGUCUCGUGUAACCCAUGUCCGUUGCUAGUGGAGGAGGAGUGGGUGAGACAGCAGAGGGAGACGAGGGAAAAGAUGCAGCUGCUGGUGUCUGCCUUCUCCAAUUCCCAACAGGACCAGUACGAAGUGUUCCGUCGAUCCUCGUUCCCUAAGAGCAGCGUCAAGAGAAUCAUGCAGAGUGUAUGUGGAACCCCAGUGCCACAGAAUGCGGUCAUAGCAAUGGCCGGAAUAGCCAAGGUCUACGUAGGCGAGGUCGUGGAGGCAGCUCUGCGGGCGAAACAAGACCUCAGAGAGGAAGGCCCUCUCCAGCCAAAACACGUCCGAGAGGCUGUGAGGAAACUAAAGAAGACAAGCAAAAUUCCAAACUCUCUCUACGUAAAGACCUGCCCAUUGCGAUGACAUCAUACAUCCACCACAAUUACAUCAUUUCACCAUCACAGUUUAUUGGAAAAUUUUUUUUCCUAUCUCAUGACAAGUCUAGUAUUCUUGAAAAAAUUAAGUCGUAAUUUCGGAGUAUCCAGAGCCAGUGGUUUGUAUACUUGGAGUAUAGUAUCCCAAGUCGGGGUGGUGGCGGUAGUGCACAUCAGGCCAGUGGGUUCUUGCUGAGCAGUGCAAUGUCUGCAGCCACCAUUUCCUUCACCAGCUCCUGCACACACAACACACACACAACACACAUGGACAUGUUG